AUGCUGACCGUUCUCGGGAACAGCGAUGUGUCUGUGAUUUACGACGUGUCUCCCGUGCUUGGUUCGCUGCUGAUCAUCAUGUUUCUGGUGAGUAUUUUCUUCAUCAUCAUGAAUCUGUUCUAUGCGAUUGUCGUCAGCACGCUCUCAGAUGCCAAAAUCGAAGAAGAUGCAAAGCAGAAAAAGAAAUGGGCGGUACUCUCAGACCGUUUGAGUGAAACCUGGAAAGCAAUGAACCGUGGUGGCCAGCUGGAGAAGCAGAAUCUUGGCAGGUCGAAACCGUUUGGAGAGAGUCCUCAAGCACAAGCAAUGACAACGAUACGUUGA